ACAAUAAUAAUACAACGUGAGUAUGCCUGCCUAAAUAAGUUUCGCAUAGUAAUAUAUUGAAUCAUAUUAUAAAUAGCACUUUUAAGAUGAAUUUUAAUUUACAACAAUUUACCUACAACUUGUAUUGAAUCUUGAAUAGAACAAAAUUUAUUUAGAAAGACUAACGGAGUUACCCCUUUUCGGUUAACUUAAUUUAUUUACAUUUACAUCUUUUCAACACGUAAGUAGUAAAGUUUAGUAUAAUAUAAAGAUAUUUAACCCUUAACGAAGCUGUGCAGAAAGCACAGUGUGAAAAAUUUUGCACCACUUCAGCUUCAAUUAUUACUUCGAAAAUGGACAAUAUAAAAUAUUCAACUGCAACAACAGAACAAAAAAAAAUAUGGGGAAUUCUGUCUCUCACCCCCUGGCAACACCAGAGAAUAGGGUUGGGGUAGGUCGCUAGUGGUGGACCCUCUCUCCCGCAUCAGUCCAUUCUCGGCGCGCACUGUGAGCGCUCGCGUGAAGUCGCUCUGUCGUCGGUGUUACCACGCUGCGCUACGUUUUUCGUCUACCUGUCGGGAAAAAAACAAGCAUGCUAUCAUCAGUGAAGCCGGGCAGCCCCCAGCCCGAGACGGCGGCCUGCUCCAUGGACAUGGACCUCGCCAAGAAGCCCAUCGCCGGGAUCCCCCGUGUAGCCGUCACCACCAAGUUCAACGCCCCCGUGCACAUCGACGUCGGCGGCACCAUCUAUACGUCGUCGCUGGAAACUUUGACCGCGUACCCCGAAUCAAGACUGGGCAAGAUGUUCAACGGGACCAUCCCCAUAGUCCUAGACACGCUGAAGCAGCACUACUUCAUCGACCGCGACGGCGGCAUGUUCAAGCAUAUCCUCAACUUCCUGAGGAAUAAGAAGCUGCUUCUGCCCACCGACUUCUCCAGUCUUGAGCUGUUAAUGCACGAGGCUCACUACUUUGAGCUGGACCACAUGGUGUUCGCCCUCACGAAGCUGCAAAGCGCCCGCGAGGGGGUUGCGCAGGAGCGCGAGUGGCUGAGCCAGGCCACCGACCGGCUCAAGCAGGAGGCCGAGCUGCUGCGGCAGGAGCGGGACCGCCUGCAGCAGCAGUGGUCGUGAGACAAGCGCACGGAGGCACCAGCUGUCCUGUCACCGCACCAUCUUGGGAAGAAGAAGAAGAGAUCCAACAAGGAACCCCUUAACUAGGGCUACAGAUGACAUGAACGAUAAAUGCAAACAAUAUUGCAUGAUUAACAUGUAGACAAAGGAUAAAAACUCUUUGCUUCUUUAUGAACUGAAUAUUAGUUCUGUUGAUGUAUUAAUAAUGACGAUCGCAUACACAUUUUUAAUUCUACAAUUAAUAAUAAUGUUAUCAUUAAUGAUCCAUAGGGAAAAAAUAAUGUAAAUUUACUUUUAAUAUGAUGGAGAGAGGGCAAGUAUGUCUACUGUACUUACUUAAUAAUACUACUCAAUUUGUAGUUUUUCACACUAUGUUACAUGGCGCAUGGGAAUCUACCACAGAAAACUUAAUGAAUCUACUCUAGCAAAUAUGUUAGAGUGUUAUUCCAUCUGAUGGAUGUUGUAAAUUAGAGUUAAUAAUAUAAUAGAUUAGAGCUAUGCACAAAUUUACUAUACAAUGUACGUGCAUUUUUGACUUUUGUAUGUAAAAACCCUAAUUAGUGGUAGUUAUGUAUGUAUGAUGUUAGAUUAUGUUUAGGACAGAGUCCAGUGAUUUAUUCUUAUGCGUAGGUAGCUAUUAUAGAAGUUAUACUUAAUUUAUUUGUAUAAAUUUCUGCAUAGUUUAUUAAUAAAACAUUUCUCCCAUCCGACAUAUUGCUGCUCAGUGUCUUCAAAACAUAAUACCUACCUAAUUUAUCAAAGCAAACCACCGAAAGAUCAAAUAUCAGAUCACGAUAACAAUAGCAACCUACAUCAGGAAUCAUUGUGAUGGUUUAAAAUACAGAGCCAGCUAGAAUAGGUAUGAGUAAGUCUCGCUAUCCAGCAUUCAUUAUUACCGGUCGCCCCGGCCGGCCGGUCGCCCCGGGCGCGCCCCGGGCGAAGCGAGCGAGGGGCCGGCAUAAUCACCGGUUCUUGCCCAAAUGCCCCGGGCAACCGGCACCGUCGCCUGUGGAGGGUUACUCUACCUUCACAAAAAAAUAAAGAACGAUAGCUGUUGCGCAAAUGAAUUAGAGUCGUGAUUAGCGCAGCAGUGAUAGAAAAAUUACGUUUUUGGGAAGUUAGAAUAGAGGUAGAGUUACUGAGCCGCCGGCUAUGGAGAUAACGUCUGUGUGAAUAUAAAUCCGUUGACUGUGUUAUUUUAUUUCGAUGGGGAUUUAUUUGUUUGUUACAUAGUUGUGUCCUAAAUUAUAUUAACUAAGUAUAUUUAUAUUAGGUACUAGCCUUAGGAACCUUAAUGGAUUUUGAUGAAAGCUCUCGAGCGUCUACAUAUAAUAUAGUUUGCGUAAUAUUGAAACAAAAAAAAAACAAUCAGUGUGCCCACUCUCAUUUUUGAUCGGUAGAUACUAGAUAAUAGAGGUGCGUUCCAAAUUGGUACCUAUAAUUAGUUAGAUGUGUAUUAUAAAGCCAAAAGAGGGUGACAAAGCUUUUGUAUAUUAUUUUAAACAACAUAUUUAUUUCUAAGAAUUUUUAAAAGUAGUGAAAAAAAAGAAGUAUUUCUGAGUCACUCUCUUUUUGGCCUUUUUUAUCCGACUUCGAAAAAGGAAGGGGUUCUCAAUAUGUCUCUAUGUAUGUUUAUUUUCUAUGUCUUUGUUUGAAAAAUCAUAGCUAUCCGAUCGAGGAGUCGGUUUUGUUGUGAGUAUUAUGUUUAGAGGCAUGCAUGUAGGUAUGGAAGUAAGUAGCUAUGUAUUAAACUAUUAACAUUUAAUUUUAUUGUACCUAGUACGUACUAGCCUACUAGCACUAUGGUUAGGUACUAAGCUAGUACUUAAGUCUAAACUUUAACUUUUGUGAAAAUAUCAGUUAACUUAAACUUUAUUACUAGGUAUAAAUACUGCAGAUAAUCUACAGUGUAGAUUAUAGGUAAUUUUAAGUUAUAAGCAGGUAUGUUCGAAAUAAACUGAACUUAUAUUUUGGUUGUAGUCAAAGUCAAUAACUUCAUUAUUACUUAUAUAUUGUUUAAGAAUUUAAGAUGCAAUUUAUUAUAUUGAGCUAGCAUUAAUUCUCUAACUUUAUCUAUUGUAUUUUAAUUAUAAUUUAUUACUUAUUAUGUUACACUGUUAUGUGCUGUGUAGGUACUUUAUUAUCUACACAUCACAUAAUACAUAACUAUGAACCGUGCAAGACUAAAGUAUAUCCAUUUAAAAAAGAUAGCGAUGUCUAAACAGUUGAGUAGGUUUGUAAAUAAAACAUUAAUUCACUA